AUGAUAUUCAGACCGUGUCCACCUACAAUCAUUAUUGGUGGAUUGCGUAGUAUCAUUCUCGGCGUUAUAAAUUCCUUUUGGUACAUCCUUCGAUUGUGGCGGUUCGCGUUUAAAAUUGAGACCUUCCUGUUCAUAAAUCAGGCGUCGGGUGCGUGCGACAAAGAUCUUGGUAGGAAAUUGUCGUUUUGCCCCAAUAUGGCGAAAAUGAUGGUUAAUGAGGCCACAGCGCCAGAUGUCUGGCCGAGAACUGGAUCCGUACCACUAUUGCACGCAUCUGUAAACCUGUGUGGACGUAACGCAAUAUUUUACAUACUGCUCUAG